UGUACGUAAACAUGAGCUCGGAUAGAGAAGGCACAGUGGGCCUGGCCGUUAACUGGAUAACAGGGGAAACCGCAACGUUGGCAUACGUGAGGUUACAAAGAUAGCUGCUAGCUUCGUUUAAGUCAGUGCUGUGAAUGUUUAACAUUAAAUACGUGCCUUUUUGAAACGUCGUUUUUCCUCUUUAUUUUUUUAAAUAGUUUUGGGUAGUAUUCUGCUCCUUCUGAAAGAUGAAUUCACUGGGCAGUUCCUCCAAAUGGCCAUCAUAUGACUCGAUCCCCUCCACCUCAAGCUUUCUCCACAGUGAGAAUGAGCAGACUGAGGAUGAGGCCGAGGCUGACGUCUUCUCAGAGGGAGAGGGGGACAAUGUGGGGACAAGAAAGUCCCCCUCAGAGAUAACACUUCAAAGAAGUUAUCUUCAUUUCCCAGUUCAUUCAGAUCACCUGAGGUCUAACAACCAAUCAGAGUGCUGCAGUGACAAAACUCCACAUCCCAUCUCCGCCUCGUGUCCUGGAGCUGCCAUGCUAGGAUCAAAUUCAGUGACACCAGGCGACUUGGCCUUCGCACAGAAAUGUGCAGAUUUGCGUAGGUUUAUCCAUCCGUUGCUUGAGCUUUUACAUGGACUACAGGCUGGCCGAUUUGAAAAAGGUUUAUCAAGUUUCCAGCAGAGUGUAGCCAUGGACAGACUGCAGAAGAUUCUUGGGAUACUACAGAGGCCUGAAAUGGGUGAGAAACACCUUCACAACUUGCUUCAGAUUGAGAUGAUGCUGAAAAUUUGGUUCCCUCACGUGGCAUCUCGGUCCACACAUAGAUCAAGUCAGACCACCCCUCCAAGACUCCACCAACGCUGGCGAAAAAAUCAGCUCCAUAUGCCUGUUAAGAAGAGAAAACUGAGCUGGACCGACUCUGACUUCUCUGGCACAGUCAUAACCAAGCACAAACACCAAAGGCACGGAAAAGACGAGAGCUGCCAGGCAACGACUCCACUCCAAACGAUUUCCACAUCUUUACCUGGAUCAUCUUUAAAACUGAAAACUCCAGAAGCAGAAGAAACUCUUGAAGCAGCCGGCAGCGGAUGUAAAGCUGGACACGAGUUCUCAGACGGCUUUGGUACUCCAAGACGGCAGCCCUAUUUAUGCCUCAAGAGGGAAAGUGAGAAUCUGAGAACGCCUGAGACUUCUCUGAGCUCUCCUUGUGGCUGUCCAGCAGCGCAGGACAGCUCAGUGUCCUCAAGCAACAUCAUUUCUGCAUCUGACUCACCUUAGCCUGGCCUUAGCUGACCUCGCUAAUACAAGCAGCUGCCAGCAGAAGUAACUGCAGAGGGCGUGUGUGAUUACAUAAGCAUAAAGCUAUGAACAGUGUCAGUGUGUAUUGACUCAAUGCAAGGCAUGAGACAGCAGGAGAGGAGGGGACAGAACACAGUGAGACACUUGUUCACCCCUAAAUAUCCAGUGUUUGUUUUACAUCACACCAUAGUUAUUGCACUACAUUAUGAGUACCACUUUUAUAUAUUUUGGUUUCUACCAUGUUAAAAGAUAUACUCUACAAAAAUGUGUUAAAGCUACUGUGCUUGUUUUCAUAUCACAACAGCAAUACUACAGUAUUUCCCAGCUAAUGAAGAAAAAGUACCUAUUUACUGUACUUCAAUUUCAGUGUUUAAAAUACUCUGAACUGAGUUUUUUAGUUUCCUUUUUCUGGAUUUUGAAAGAAAAAAACUCCUAAUUUUAGUCUAAACAAUUGUUACUGUAGCCCUUGUACAGGUACAGAAAUAUUCUGUUAUAACCACAGAUGAUUAAAAAGUAAUUUAAUAGGGUUGGAAAAAUGUUAAAGCAGCUAAUCAUUAACAUAUAUUAGAGCACAGGCAUGUGGCAGCUGCAAAUUUGUGCCAAAAGAACCAUUAUGCACUAUCAUGCGCACCUUACUUCACUGUCACUACUUUAUUUAUCACUUGAUAACAUCUUUUUUUUUAUAUAAAUACAGUAGAAUUAGUUUCACUUAAAAAAAAAUCCUGCACAGGAAAAACUGAUAUGAUAUGAGAGGAAAUAUGAAAUGCUUGGCUUGAUUGCAAUGUAUAAUAAUAUAUCCCUUACACUAGAUAUGAGUGAACUUCUUAUGGAAGGAGCCUAUGCAUAUUUGAAACAUGUAAGAGAGCUUCUGAUGACCUGAUGAGAAAACGUUACACAUUUUUUUGGAAUACAAGUGUUAUUUAUUACAGAUUUUUUAAAAGGAAAGUCUGUUCUGCUUGUUAUCAGGCUGAUUGUUUACACUGAAAGCUCCAAAUGUCAAGUGUCACAAUGAGGGUAAAAACAGCUCCUGUGUCUCAUUUAAAAAAGUAUUUGUAUCAAUGUCAUGCGGUUUAAAUUUUUUUUAUCACUGAAAGUGCUUUGUUAUUUAUAGAGAGAAUAUCAUGGAGAUAUGGUUAACAGAGCUAUUCCCAUUCCUGCUUUCUUUUUAAUGGCAUUUUUUACCUUGAUAGUUCGAGCUUUAAUAUGAGAUAUCAUUCAUGUUGAAUGGCGUUUCAUCUCUGGUUUGUCACCAGUCAGCCUUACUCCUAUGAGAUACAUAAAGUUAACCAUAAAUAUGCCUGAAGUUACUAGAUAAUGAUACAAAAAAGCACAAUAUAACUAACCGCGGUAAAGUCAUCUUAACACAUAAUUUCAUUUCCUUCUGUGUAGAUCCUCUAAGGCUUCAUGGUUGACAAGUGUUGAACUGUUAGGUAAGGAGCAGUCUACUUCAGUGUUUCUGUGAAUAACAUGCAGCAUCCUAUUGCGCAGGUUUUGCUAUGCUGGAUUAUAUGUUUUCAUCUGUGAAAUCUGAGAAAAACUCAAAGUAGAGAUAAUCUAUUGUAAAUCUUUGAUUGUUUUUUUAUUAAUAUUCUUUUGUUAAAGGCUCUUUCUGUCUUUCUCGUGUUGAAGUUGUCAUUUCUGAUUGUUGACUGGGAAAAGCACAUUUUUAUAUAUUAAAAACGUGGUUCACAAAAUA